AUGAAGUUUCGAGCUCUGUGUGUGAUGGGUGCUGCGUCUUUGGCUGCUGCGCGGCCAUUUUCGCGGGCGCAGGACACCACACAUUGGUUUAGCUUCGGUAAUUCAUAUACACAAACUGGAUUUAACGCCUGGGGCGAGCAGCCCACGCCCUCCAACCCUAUGGGAAACCCUCAACUAGGGACCGGCACAACAACCGGUGGAACCAACUAUGUGGGAUACCUGACGACAGCUGAGAACUCGUCGCUGGUACUCUCUUACAACUUGGCAGUCGGUGGAGCCACUAUCGACAACGACCUUGUUUCAUCCUACGCCGACGAUUUGGUCUCCCAGGUGGGCGUGUUUGAGGACCAGUAUGGCGACAAGCCGGACUCGGCGCCCUGGACGGCCGAGAGUGCUGUGUUUUCUUUCUGGAUUGGUAUUAAUGAUAUCGGCAACUCGUUUUACAACCAAGAUGCAAACACUUUCACUCCGAAACUAAUCAACCGGAUCGGGUCUCUCGUGCAAAAGAUCUAUGAUCUGGGUGGCCGCAAGUUCCUUUUCCUGAAUGUGCCUCCGACGGGUCGGAGCCCUUUCUUCCUCGAGCAGGGCGAUGACACUGUUCAGCAGCAUGCCGCGUACUUGGCGGUCUAUAACAAGAACCUGAAGGCCAUGGUUGAUGGGUUCAAGGCUAAUCAUACUGAUGUCACUACAGUCUAUUAUGAUUCGUGGUCAUUCAUGACCAAGGUCAUGGACAGUCCCUCGGAUUACGGGUUCCCUGAUGCGACUUGCAUCAACGAGGACGGGACGUCUUGUCUCUGGUGGAAUAACUACCACCCUUCUGCUAAGUAUCACAAGGAGCAGGCGGAGGAUAUGAAGGCUGCUUUGAAGCCGCUGGGGGCGUGGUAA